UGUUCGAAAACAAGCCUUUCCGGAGACGUUGAUUAUGUUUUUCGUUAUUGCCCCUAUUUACUCUUAUUUUUCCUCGACUUCUUUGAAUGUAUACAAACUUGCUUCGAAACGCGAUGGUGUGAGAAAUAUAUGUUAUCCACGUCAAAUAAUGGUGUCGUGUUCGAAAACAAGCCUUUCCGGAGAUGUUGAUUAUUUUUUCGUUUUUUACCCUAUUUACUCUUAUUUUUCUCGACCUCUUUACAUGUAUACGAUUUUGCUUCGAAACGCUAUGGUGCGAGACAUAUAUGUUUAUCCACAUAAAAUAAUAUUCAUCUUUGAGGUCAUGGAAUGCCCCGAUAGGUAUCGCUUAGUUUGCGCUCAGCUUCAGCUCACUGGUGAUGCAAGGCUCUGGUGGAAUGCCUACUGGAGCAUGCGUCCCGGUGAAAAGGCGGGUUGUACAUGGGACAUGUUCAAGAAUCUAGUCCGUGACAAGUACUACCCUUCCUACUAUCGGGCAGAGAUGGAGCGCCAGUUCUUAGCGCUUCAGCAGGGCACCCGUACUGUCGAUGAGUACGAGCGAGAGUUCACUAGACUUGCAGGUUUUGCACCGAAUUUCGUUCGCACGGAGGCCCAGAGAGCGCAGCGGUUCAUUGACGGACUUUACCCAGCAGUCCGUCAUAACAUCGUGGGACACGAGACUCAGAUGUACGCUCGUGCCGUUUCUAUCGCCCAGGAGGUGGACGCUAGUAUCAGGAGGGAGGCAUUUCGCGACCGUGCCCAGUCAUCCGCUCCAGCUCAGCCAUUUGCAGCUCCACCAGCUCUACCAGCUCCUCAGCCAGCAAAGGAGAAGAAGAGGAAGGCAAAGGGUGCACAGAUUGACCGGAGAACCCGACAGAGACAGCAGCCGAUUCUACCGUGCCUGACUUGUGGUCGACUUCAUAGGGGAGAGUAUCGUGCUGGACAGGACAUCUGUUACUAUUGCCAGGAGCCGGGACAUUUUGCGAGUC